GAAGGGGAAGCACGCGUCGCAGCCGCGGUGACCUCGGCGUCAGCCACUAGUUGACCUCGACGUCAGCCACUAGUUGACCUCGGCGUCAGCCACUAGUUGACCUCGGCGUCAGCCACUAGUUGACCUCGGCGUCAGCCACUAGUUGACCUCGACGUCAGCCACUAGUUGACCUCGGCGUCAGCCACUAGUUGACCUCGGCGUCAGCCACUAGUUGACCUCGGCGUCAGCCACUAGUUGACCUCGGCGUCAGCCACUAGUUGACCUCGGCGUCAGCCACUAGUUGACCUGUGUGACGGCUCCAGACGCCUUAGAAGUGAGAGCCACCAGCAGCAGGAGCAGUGAUGGUGUGCGAGGCGCCACGCACCAGGACGCUACUGGUCAGUCGCCGCGGCGGGUUCCUGGAGGACCCGUUCUUCAGGGACGCCUGGGGGGACUACAAUAACGCUGUCCGGAGGAUCGUCGAUAGGUACACCUCGGCCUACACUUCUCCUGUCUGGUUCAACCAUGGAGGGAUGUUCGCCCCAAGAGACCGUCUGCGGGACUCCCACUACCACACCAUGUACAGGACUCUGCGCUCUGCUCGCAUCAACUACGCCGCGCAGGCAGCAGCCUUCAAGGACCAGGGCGAUGUUUACAAGCUGGUGAUGGACGUGAGGGAGUUCGUGGGGGGAGACCUGACGGUGCGGACGGCUGGGGGAACGCUGUCUGUCCGCGGACGGCUGGAGACGGGAGGGGACGGGGACGGCCAGUCCAGCUCCUCGAAGGCGUCGUCCGCCAGGACUCUUCACCGGAGGUUCAACCUUCCACCGGACGCUGAUGGAGAGAAGGUGGAGUCCACUCUAUCCCGUGACGCUGUCCUAACCGUCACUAUCCCUAAGAGGACUGAUGUGAGAGUGAUCCCUGUGACUGUGGAGGCGGAGGCCGAAGGUGGCAGGAGUGGCACGAAGCGGCACUCUGUCACUCAGCCAGACCCGGGACCAACUCCCAGCAAGAGGCCCCAAGACCCAUACACUCAAGGGCAUCAACACUCGGCCUCCAGAGACAGAAGCACGAGCGGGAGACGACACACCUUCGGGGAGAGUCCGAGCGCGGAACGCAACAGAGACGAAGGGCUGAGGACGAAGGAGACGACCACCAGACGACGAGUCAACGACACAGAUGACGACCUCGACCACAGAAGGAAGAGCUAUCCUGAGGGUGCCACUCCGAGGUCGACCUCUAUCGACGCCGGCGGCAGCAGAAGAAGAAACAGAGACAUAGCGGAAGAUCCGGAAGACAAAGGCUGUCACAGGAGUCGAAGAAGAACCUCAAAAUACGAGGAAGCGACGGAAAUCAACAUCCCGAUCCGCUUAGAGCGUGUGGACGACGCUGAAACCGUUGCCGAGCUUCCAGCCACAAAGGCCUUCCAAGGCCUGGCAACUGCCCGGCCGAGUAUACACAAAGAUGCAGCAAUACGGUCCCAAGAACAGGAGAGCGUCGGGGAGCGACCAGUCGUGCACCAGAAUACUGAGAGUAAGACGCCAAAGACCUCAGGCAACACCUCGUGUGACUUCACUUCUGCCAAAGACAGACCCAACAAUAACAACUUUAGAGACAAGGAGAACAUCAAGCCGUCUGAAGUCAUCACGCCAUGGACAUACUCUAAUAUAUACGUGAAACAAUCUGAGGGCGGCGGAGAGGGCAGCGAGCUCCGGACAAAUGACCCAAAAUUAAAUGUAAACAAAGAGCAAGCCAGCCAGAGGAAAUAUCCCAAGCGUCAGGAGGAGGUUGAGGUGGUGACACCGGACGACACUGUGCCAGCUAGCGCCCAGAUUAACAAACCCCUCCAGCACAAGCCAGAUAAAGAUGGCACUAGAGAGAGUUUCAAGCACCCAGACAUACUGCCUAAACAAAAUAAGGCAGAAGAAAGCCAGAAAAAAACUCCAGAUCACAACAAUUACCUGAGAAAUUCCUCGCAAGACUCGCCACAGAGUCGAGACAAGUCCCCCAUCGUCGGACGCGAAGUGAAGGUCGAGCAGAAGCAGUCAGACAUGGAGGGAGACAUGUUCAAGGACUGUUGGCAGAACUUCAGCAGCACCCUGCAGGAGGUGCUGGCUCGCCUGCAGGAGUUGUCUUCGGAACUGGGACAGUCCAAACCAGCCACCAAGACCUCGCCGUCCUCCUCAGCAGAGAGUUCCGCAAACUCCAGCAGACAGACGCCCCACGACACGCCCAAGGAGCCAUCGAGUACCCAGGUGUCGAGCAGAAACUCACCAAGCGAAGAGGUAUGCGGGUCCCAGAUGAGAAGGGCGUCUGGGGAGAGAGGGUCGACUGUGGGCGUAGGUAAGACGCCGCCCACGACCUGCCCGCCCGUAUAUGCAGACGGGAGGUCACCCACAAGGUCAGGACUUGACACCCAAGGCACCACGCACGCAAAAGACCUGGCCACGCACGCAAGAGACAUCGCAAUGCACGCAAAAGACGUCGCCAAGCACUCCCAUAUACUUAUGAACUCUGCCCAGGAGGGUGAAAGGAGUGGGGCGUCCAAACCUGGUAUUGACGGGCCAUGUGGGCCAUGUGGGCCAUGUGGGCCGCGCCCUCGGCCCACCAGCCUGGACGUGGCCCACCAGGGGUCGCUGCUGAAGGCCCUCAGGAAGAGCAGCCCGGUGGAUGCACUCAAGGACAGAUUUCUGAGUCAGUUGACGCCCACGAGUGAAGGGUCCCCAGCCGGCACAGAUGUGCACUACAUACCUGUGGCCGUGGAGGCCAGCAAGACUGUCCCCACUGCCAGGUGUGUGGACGCCCCCCACACACCUGCUGCAGCGGAGUCCCUCCACACACCUGCAGCGCCCCGCCACACACCUGCAGCAGUGCCCCUGUGUCAGCGGCGAGGCAAGGGCGUGGACAGUCUGCUGAUUGUCGAGGAUAAUGACAGCAGCGUCAGUUCUAGUGAGGAGGAGGCCUCGCCAGGCGAGGAGAGUAGUGAAGCAGCGUCAAGUGAGGGCGGCGGCGAGGGGGCGGCCAAGAGGAGGGACCAGCUGACAGAUAACCUGACAGCUGGCAACUCCAAUGCGCUGGACGGCAGCCUUGACCGGCUGAAGCGCGGCUGUUCCAGUGGCGAGGCUGGCGAGGCUGACUCACCGGCCAGUCUCCGCGGCGUCAGCAGCCAGUCCCUCCGGCUGUCUCCGUCAGACGGCGACGCUGACGUUGACAAGCUUAUCAGUCAAGCUCAACGAGUGAUCAAAGAAACCAGGAGAUUGUCGGCCACUAACGACCCUCCUUUCGUUAACGACCUGGGCCACGAUACAGGCAGGAGAAACAAGUGCGCAGCGGCGGCCGCCGGGUACAACUUGGCGCCAAAUAUCGCCUCGCCCGAGUCUAACUUGGUGGAGGUCGAGGAGGAGUGUGGGGGGGCCGAGGAGACUGUUGUGGAGGGCUGCUUGUCCAUACCCCUCCGUGGGGCACGCCCACGCCGCACCACCACGCCCGUCCGCCCACGGCCAGCGCCGCCCACAGCUGACAACUGCCUACUGAUAGAGCCCCUGGCCGAGGGCGAUGACGUGGCCGAGGAGACUCGGCCGACGAAAGUAACUAGUCCAGAAAUACAGAGCAGUGACGUCAUGGGUUGUGAGAGAAGGGGGGGAGGCGGGGGGCGGCCCUCCCUGCACGGUGAGGGGCGGCCCUCCCUGCACGGUGAGGGGCGGCCCUCUCUAGUGGCUCCCAGCGCCCUCUCACACCAGCGACCACCCUCCGCCCGCGACAGGAUGGGCGGCUUCUUCUCACGCCCGCGCUCUGACCUCCCUCCGCCGCCCACAGCUGUCACCCCGCCCACGCCGCCCACGCCGCCCACGCCCAGGGCGCGCGAGCGCUCCUGCACGCCCCUGGACGAGCCUCACGUACCCUCGUACGUCAGACAGAAGUCAGAACCUUCUAGAAGAUACAGCGGUUUCGGCCACGUCCAACUGGACAAUGUGAGGAAGAUGCGUGAGGCUUGGAGCUCCAAGCAGCAGUCUCCGCCUCGCCAGCACCAGCGGCAGCAGUCUCUGCCUCGCCAGCAGCAGGGGCGGGAGUCUCCCACACGCCACCAACAGCGGCGGGAGUCUCCCACACGCCACCAACAGCGGCAGGAGUCUCCCACACGCCACCAGCAGCGGCAGGAGUCUUCGCCUCGCCAUCAGCAGCGGCGGGAGUCUCCCACACGCCAUCAACAGCGGCAGGAGUCUUCGCCUCGCCAUCAACAGCGGCAGGAGUCUUCACCUCGCCAUCACCAGCGGCAAGAGUCUUCGCCUCGCCAUCAGGAGCGGCAGGAGUCUUCGCCUCGCCAUAAGGAGCGGCAGGAGUCUUCACCUCGCCAUCAACAGGAGUCUUCGCCUCGCCAUCACCAGCGGCAGGAGUCUCCGCCUCGCCAUCAGCAGGGGCGGCGGGAGAAAAGGGUGCCACCCAGCCCGCCGCCCUCGCCCAAGCGGCCGGCUGACACGCCCCUCGCCAAGAACUCGCCCACGCCCGCCAGGCGGUCACCCACGAACAACUACUCCAAGCCAACACUGAGCAGCAGGAACAGGAGCAGCGCCUCGCCUCGCCGCGGCAGCGCGUCCAGCACAGAGGGCGCCUCGCCUGCCACUCGGGAUGGCAGCCGCAGCGCCUCUGCCAGAUCAGGACGGCCGCAGGCAGACAGUUAUAGCUCAGGUGCGGCUGCGGCAGGCAGGCGAGGCUCGCCCGCACGCGCCGCGCGCUCCUCGCCGCCACCAGCCUCGCCCUUCCACCAGAAGUUAUUCCGGCGGUUGAGGAAUGCAAGCCUUCAGCCUGACAGUGAAACUAUAAGCUUUACUGAGGAGGAUGACAGAUACAAGCUGGUGAUGGACGUGGAGGAGUACGUGCCGGGGGAGAUCGAGGUGGUGCAAGAUGACAAGCACUUGACGGUCAAGGGCCGCCUGGAGAGCACGCACGACGGCCACACCACCACCAGGACCUUCAACAGGAACUUCCACAUCCCCCACAACACCAGAGAGGAGGACAUAGACUCCGCGCUCUCCAAAGACGGCAUCCUCACUGUCUAUGUCCCCAAGAAGAAGGAGCGGGUCAUCAAGAUAGAGCUGACGGACUAGCGGUGACCACAACCAUGGAGGGAUUACCUACAGUGUAGGUCCUGUGAAGACAUCCAUGGAGGGAUUACCUACAGUGUAGGUCCUGUGAAGACUACCAUGGAGGGAUUACCUACAGUGUAGGUCCUGUGAAGACUACCAUGGAGGGAUUACCUACAGUGUAGGUCCUGUGAAGACUACCAUGGAGGGAUUACCUACAGUGUAGGUCCUGUGAAGACAUCCAGGACAACCAGAAGUCCAGGCUCCAGGACUCUCAACAGGACCACCAUCAGGACUCUCAACAGGAUCACCACCAGGACUCUACACAGGACCACCACCAGGACUCUCAACAGGACCACCUCCAGGACUCUCAACAGGACCACCAUCAGGACUCUCAACAGGAUCACCACCAGGACUCUACACAGGACCACCACCAGGACUCUACACAGGACCACCACCAGGACUCUACACAGGACCACCACCAGGACUCUACACAGGACCACCACCAGGACUCUACACAGGACCAC